AUGAUAGGCUAAAUGAACAGGAAAAAGAAAAAUGUGUAUCAACAAACUCAAGCACUUCUGUGCAAAAAUUUUCUUAAGAAGUGGAGGAUGAAAAGAGAGAGCUUACUGGAAUGGGGAUUUCCAGUACUUCUAGGACUAUAUAUGGGCUUAUUGUCGUAUACAAAAGAAAAUACCCAGUUUCCUGGAAAGCCUUCUCAGAACCUGGGAAGGGUAGACAAAUAUAAUAACUCUCUCAUGUUUGCUGUGUAUACACCGGUCUCCAAUAUAACCAAGCAGAUAAUGAAUAAAACAGUAUCUGCUCCCUUUUUGAAAGAAACAACAGUCCUUGGAGCACCAAAUAAAAAAUCUAUGGAUGAACUACUUGAGAACCAUUUCCCAAAUGCAGUGGGAAUCACCUUUAGUGAUACUUUCUCUUAUAAGUUAGCAUUUUUUCAUAUGUAUGGCAUUCCAUUUUUGAAGGAAGAACAUUUCUCAGUUCAUUGCUGGAAUUCAGGAAAUGAGUCAUCAUGUUCACUGACCAAAUACUGGAGUUCAGGAUUUGUGGCUUUACAAGCUGCGAUUAAUGCUGCUAUUAUAGAAAUCCUGACAGGUCACUCUGUGAUGGAAGAGCUGAUGUCAGUCACUGCUACAAAUAUGAAGGCAUUACCUUUUAUUGCUAAAGACUUCCUUCAAAAUGAGAUAUUUAUUUUCCAAUGCUUGCUUUACUUCUCCUCGUUUAUAUAUUUCGCAUCAUUCGGUGUUACCAAAGAGAGAAAAAAGAGUAAGGAUUUGAUGAAAAUGAUGGGUCUACAAGAUUCAGCAUUCUGGCUCUCCUGGGGUUUAAUCUAUGCUGGCUUCAUCUUCAUUAUUUCCAUAUUCAUCGCAAUGAUCAUAACAUCCAGGAAAAUUAUAGUCAUGACGGGCUUCAUGGUCAUAUUUAUACUGUUUUUCUUAUAUGGCUUAUCCUUGAUAGCUUUGACAUUCCUGAUGAGCGUGGUGCUCAAGAAAACUUCCCUCACCAAUUUUGUUGUGCUUCUCCUCACUCUCUUCUGGGGCGGUGUGGGACUCUCUGCAUUGCAUAGACAACUUCCUUCAUCUUUGGAGUGGAUUUUGAGUAUUUUCAGCCCUUUUGCCUUCACUGCUGGAAUGGCCCAGAUUAUCCACAUGGAUUAUAACAUGAAUGGUGUAACUUUUCCUGACCCAUCGGGAGAUUCAUAUAUAAUGAUAGCAACUUUUUUCAUGUUGGCUUUUGAUGCUUUUUGGUACUUGGUAUUGGCAUUAUACUUUGACAAAAUCUUACCCUAUGGAAAUGAGCGCCGUUAUUCUCCAUUAUUUUUUCUGAACUCGUCAUCUUGUUUCCAACACCAAAGGACUGAUAAUAUCAUUGAGAAGGAAACAGAUCUGGAGCAUACCUCUGAUGAUGAUUUUGAACCAAUGGCUCCAGAAUUUCAAGGAAAGGAGGCCAUCAGAAUCAGAAAUAUUAAAAAAGAAUAUAAAGAAAAGUCUGGAAAAGUAGAAGCAUUGAAAGGUUUGCUCUUUGACAUAUAUGAAGGUCAAAUCACAGCAAUUCUGGGUAACAGUGGAGCUGGCAAAUCUUCAUUGCUAAACAUCCUUAAUGGGCUUUCUGUUGCAACAGAAGGAUCAGUUACCAUCUACAAUAAAAAUCUUUCUGAAAUGCAAGACUUGGAGGAAAUCAGAAAGAUAACUGGUGUUUGUCCUCAAUCCAAUGUUCACUUUGACAUACUUACUGUGAAGGAAAACCUCAGGCUGUUUGCUAAAAUUAAAGGGAUUCAGCCACAGGAAGUGGAUCAAGAGGUACAAAGAAUUCUAUUGGAGUUGGACAUACAAAACAUUCAGGAUACCCCUGCUCAACAUUUAAGGGAAGCACAGAAAAGAAAGCUGACCUUUGGAAUUGCCAUUUUAGGAGAUCCAAAAGUUUUGCUAUUGGAUGAACCAACUGCUGGAUUGGAUCCCUUUUCAAGGCAGCAGGUGUGGAGCUUCCUCAAGGAGCGCAAAGCAGGCCACGUGAUCCUCUUGAGCACCAGUUUCAUGGAUGAGGCUGACAUCCUGGCUGAUAGAAAAGUGAUCAUGUCCAAUGGGAGAUUGAAGUGUGCAGGCUCUUCUGGCUUUCUGAAGAGAAAAUGGGGUCUUGGAUAUCACUUAAGUUUGUACAGAAAUGAAAUAUGUGACCCAGAAAGAGUAACAUCUUUCAUUAACCAUCAUGUCCCGGAUGCUAAAUUAAAGACAGAAAGCAAAGAAAAGCUUGUGUAUACUUUGCCUGUGGAAAGGACAGAUAAAUUUCCAGACCUUUUCAGUGAUCUUGAUAAGGGUUCUGUCCAGGGUGUGGUGAGUUAUAACAUUGCUGUGUCAACCCUGAAUGAAGUCUUCAAGAAAGUGGAAGAAAUAUCAACUGUCGAUCAAGAUUUUGAACAAGCAGAGAUGAGAGACGCAGAAAGCCUGCCUCAGGUGCAGCCUGCUCACCCUCCUUUCCCUGUGAGUGACUUGGAACUCUGGAGAAUGCAGAUCUGUGCAGUGGCACGGCUCCGUUUCUUAAAGUUAAAAUGUGGAAAGAAAACGCUUUUGACCCUGCUGUUGGUAUUUGGAAUUGCACUGAUCCCAUUGAUUGUGGAAAUGAUAUCUUAUGCUGCAUUAAAUCAAAAGAGUGAUGGGGAAUUUAAACCUGGAUUGUAUUUCCUCUCUCCUGGGCAACUUCCUCAAUACCCUCUGACCAGCUUAUUGAUCAUCAAUAACACAGAAUCCAACAUUGAAGAUUUUAUACAGUCACUGAAGCAUCAAAAUAUACUGUUGGAAAUCGAUGACUUUGUAAAUAGAAAUAGCCCUGAUGAUCUGUCCUACAACGGAGCUAUCAUAGUUGCUGGGAAACAAAAGGAUUAUAGAUUCUCAGUUGUAUGCAAUACCAAGAGGCUGCAAUGUUUUCCUGUUCUUAUGAAUAUUAUCAGCAAUGCGCUGCUUGGAAUGUUUAACCAUACACAACAGAUUCGAACUCUAAGAGGCCUGUUUCCUCUAAAUGUGUUCUUUAUCUGGACUGGUCUGCCAGAAGGCUCCUUUUUCCUAUUUUCCGUUGUUUGCAGCAUUGCUCCUUACAUCGCCAUGAGCAGUGUCAGCGAUUACAAAAAGAGAACUAAGUCCCAGCUAUGGACUUCAGGCCUCUGCCCUUCGGCCUACUGGUGUGGGCAGGCCCUGGUGGAUAUUAGCCUCUUUGCUUUCUUUCUUUAUUCAUCGUUUUUAAUUUUAUGCCUGACAAACGUAGCAGACCGUUUUUUCACAACUCGACUUGUGUUUGCUUCGGUUGUGAUUAUAUUUGGUUAUGCAGCUUCUGCCAUCUUUUUCACAUAUGUGAUAUCAUUUAUUUUUCGCAAGAGAAGAAAAAAUAGUGGCGUUUGGUCAUUUUGUUUCUUUAUUACCUCAUCCAGCUUGUUAGACGUGAUUAUAAUGAGUUACUCCCUGUCAUCUGCCUCGCUUUGGAGCAUGGUGUUUGUUCCCUCAUUCGCCUUGUAUGGAUUUCUUGUUUUUAUGAUAGAUAGAAUCUACGAGCACCAAAGACAAAAUGAAGACCUAUUUUAUGACCUGAGUGGAACUGAUUUUCUAAUAUGCCUAAUACCUUACUUUCAGGCUUUGCUGUUCGCUUUUGUUCUAAGAUGCAUGGAAAUGAAGUGUGGGCAGACAGUAAUGCGAAAGGAUCCUGUUUUCAGAAUUUCCCCCCAAAGAAGAGAGGCCCGGCCAAAUCCAGAGGAACCUAUCGAUGAAGACGAAGAUGUUCAGGCAGAAAGAACAAGAACAGCAACAGCCCUGAUGAUCACUUCCAGCAUAGAGGAGGUAGAAAGCCACGGGACAGAGGGCAUGUUAAUGGCACUAUCCAAAAACUAUCCACAUCUGAUUUAUGUUCUGAUUAUUUCACUUCCAAUAAUCAAUGAUUCUCUUUCAGGUGAAGUACUGGGAUUGCUGGGACCCAGUGGUGCUGGUAAAAGUUCAUCUCUGAGAAUGAUAUCUGGGGUCACAAAGCCAACGGCUGGAGAGGUGGAACUGAAAGGAUGGAAUUCAAUUUGGGGAGAUGGCUCGGUCAAGUUCCUGGGGUACUGCCCUCAGGAGAACGCGCUGUGGCCCAACCUGACGGUGAGGGUGCACCUGGACCUGUUCGCUGCAGUGAAAGGGCUGAGGAAAGCGGACGCCGCAGUCGCCAUCACAAGAUUGGUGGAUGCCUUCAAACUGCACCAAGAGCUGAAUGUCCCGGUGCAGAAAUUAACGCCAGGGGCCACCAGAAAGUUGUGUUUCAUGCUGAGCAUCUUGGGAAAUUCGCCCAUCCUGAUCCUGGAUGAACCAUCUACAGGCGUGGAUCCUACAGGACAGCAGCAGAUGUGGCACAUGAUUCAGUCAACCAUUAAAAACACAGAGAAGGCGGCCCUCCUGACCACCCAAAACCUGGUGGAGGCUGAGACCCUUUGUGACCGCAUCGCCAUCAUGGUGUCUGGAAGGCUGAGAUGCAUUGGCUCCAUCCAACACCUGAAAAGCAAACUUGGCAAGGAUUACAUUCUAGAACUAAAAGUACAGGAAGCUUCUCAACGGACUUCGGUCCACACUGAGAUUCUGAAGCUUUUCCCACAGGCUGCCCUGCAGGAAAGGUAUUCCACCUUCUUGGCCUAUAAACUGCCCGUGGCAGAUGUUCACCCUUUAUCUCAGGCCUUUUCCAAAUUAGAGGCAGUGAAACAUAAUUUUAACCUGGAGGAAUACAGCCUCUCUCAGGGCACGUUGGAAAAGGUAUUGGUAGAGCUUUCUAAGGAGCAGACGGUGGGAAAUUUUGACGAAGAGGUUGAUACAACCAUGAGAUGGAAACUCCUCUCUCAUUCAGAAGACCCAUGAAACCCAGUCAUUCCUUGCCGAUGUCCUAUAAGCUUAUGUUAUAUGUAAUAAUUUGCAUUUUAUAUAAUUUUUAAAAAUUGUCAACAUCGAUAUUGGGUACAUUUUGUAUAUUUAGUUAAUAAAUGAAUACAUUGUAAAAUUAUUCUUCCCCUCAAAUUUAGGGACAAUAGAAAGUGUUAAUGAAGUUAUCUGAAGAACCAGGCACUGGGUUUUGAAUAAAUAAAACUACAAACUUGGAA